CGCUGCGGUGGCGGCAGCGGCAGCGGCGGCGGCGGCGGCGGCAGCGGCGGCUGCCGGGGCCGUCGCGGGCUGGGUCUGUUGGGCUGGCGGCUAAGGCUGGUGGCCAUGGAGUGGGGCUCUGAGCCGGCUGCUGUGAGGCGGCAUCGCGUCGGAGCCGAGCGUCGGGAAGGACUGGAGGCUCCGUCGCAAUCGGAGAGGGAGGCCUCGGCUCAGGAGCCCUUGGUAGACGCGGCCAGAGGCCCGAGGACGCGGAAGAGGAGCCCGGGGGGUAGCGGCGGCGCUAGCCGGGGCGCGUGGACUGGGCUGUGCGAGGCACGCGCAGUGGUGGCAAUCGCUGUCUACCUGCUCGCUCUCCGGUUUCUGGUACAGCUCUCGCUGCAGCAGCUCGUGCUGCGAGGGACCUCUGGGCACCCCGGCGAGUUCGACGCGCGCCAUGCCAGGGAUUAUCUUGAACAUAUAACAUCCAUUGGCCCCAGGACUACAGGAAGUCCAGAAAAUGAAAUCCUGACUGUGCACUACCUUUUGAAACAGAUUAAAUUGAUUGAAGUUCAAAGUAAUAGACUUCACAAGAUUUCAGUGGAUGUACAACGGCCUACAGGCUCCUUUAGCAUUGACUUCUUGGGAGGCUUUACAAGCUACUAUGACAACAUCACCAAUGUUGUGGUAAAGCUGGAACCCAGAGAUGGAGCCCAGCAUGCUGUCCUGGCUAACUGUCAUUUUGACUCAGUGGCAAAUUCACCAGGUGCCAGUGAUGAUGCAGUUAGUUGUUCAGUAAUGUUGGAAGUCCUUCGUGUCUUAUCAACAUCUUCAGAAUCCUUACGGCAUGCUGUGGUGUUUCUCUUCAAUGGUGCUGAAGAAAAUGUCUUGCAGGCCAGUCAUGGUUUCAUUACUCAGCACCCCUGGGCCAGCCUGAUUCGUGCUUUUAUUAACCUGGAAGCAGCUGGUGUAGGAGGGAAAGAACUUGUGUUCCAAACAGGUCCUGAAAAUCCUUGGUUGGUUCAAGCUUAUGUAACAGCAGCUAAACACCCUUUUGCAUCUGUGGUGGGUCAGGAGGUUUUUCAGAGUGGAAUCAUUCCUUCAGAUACUGACUUCCGUAUCUUCAGGGAUUUUGGGAACAUUCCAGGAAUAGACUUAGCUUUUAUUGAAAAUGGAUAUAUUUAUCACACCAAGUAUGACACAGCAGACAGAAUUCUAACAGACUCCAUUCAGAGAGCAGGUGAUAACAUUUUAGCAGUUCUUAAAUAUCUAGCUACGUCUGAUAUGCUGGCUACUUCUUCAGAGUAUCAACAUGGAAACAUGGUUUUCUUUGAUGUACUUGGCCUAUUCGUCAUUGCCUACCCAUCUCGUGUUGGCUCAAUAAUAAACUACAUGGUGGCAAUGGCUGUUGUUUUGUACCUGGGCAAAAAAUUUUGGCAACCCAAACAUAACACUGUUAACUACACGAAAGAUUUCUUGUGUGGACUUGGCAUCACUCUCAUUAGCUGGUUCACUAGCCUUGUUAUGGUUCUCAUUAUAGCAGUGUUCAUCUCUCUUAUUGGACAGUCUCUCUCAUGGUAUAACCACUUCUAUGUCUCCGUUUGUCUGUAUGGAACUGCAGCAGUAGCCAAAAUAAUCUUCAUACAUACCCUUGCAAAAAGAUUUUAUUAUGUGAAUGCCAGUGACCAGUAUCUGGGAGAAAUGUUUUUUGACAUCUCAUUGUUUGUGCAUUGUGGUUUUCUCGUAAUGCUCACUUAUCAAGGACUUUGCUCCGCAUUCAUUAGUGCAGUCUGGGUAGCAUUUCCGUUGCUCACAAAGUUUUUCGUGCACAAGGACUUUCAACAACAUGGUGCCCAAGGAAAAUUUAUUGCCUUUUACCUUUUGGGGAUGUUUAUUCCUUAUCUUUAUGCACUAUACCUCAUCUGGGCAGUAUUUGAGAUGUUUACCCCUAUCCUUGGGAGAAGUGGUUCGGAAAUCCCACCUGAUGUUGUGCUGGCAUCCAUUUUGGCUGGUUGUACCAUGAUUCUCUCUUCCUAUUUUAUUAACUUCAUUUACCUUGCCAGAAGCACAAAGAAAACUAUGCUAACUUUAACUUUGGUGUGUGCAGUUACAUUCCUCCUUGUUUGCAGUGGAACUUUUUUUCCGUACAGCUCCAAUCCUGCUAAUCCAAAGCCAAAAAGAGUUUUUCUUCAGCAUAUGACUAGAACAUUUCAUGACUUGGAAGGAAACAUAGUUAAAAGAGACUCUGGAAUAUGGAUUAAUGGGUUUGAUUAUACUGGAAUGUCUCACAUAACACCUCAUGUUCCUGAGAUCAAUGACACCAUCCGGGCUCACUGUGAGGAGAAUGCCCCCCUUUGUGGGUUUCCGUGGUAUCUUCCAGUACACUUUUUGAUCAGGAAAAACUGGUAUCUUCCUGCCCCCGAAGUUUCUCCAAGAAAUCCUGCUUAUUUCAGACUUAUAUCCAAAGAACAGACACAUUGGGAUUCUGUAAGGUUAACAUUUGAAGCAACGGGACCAAGCCAUAUGUCAUUCUACGUUCGACCCCACAAAGGGUCAACACUUUUCCAGUGGUCUCUUGGUAAUGGUACCCCAGUCACAAGCAAAGGAGGUGACUAUUUUGUAUUUUAUUCCCAUGGACUCCAAGCCUCUGCAUGGCAGUUCUGGAUAGAAGUGCAGGUCAUAGAAGAACAGCCUGAAGGAAUGGUUACUGUAGCCAUUGCUGCCCACUAUUUAUCUGGGGAAGACAAGAGAUCCUCUCAGUUAGAUACUCUGAAGGAGAAAUUCCCAGAUUGGACAUUUCCCUCUGCUUGGGUGUGCACCUACAGUCUCUUUGUGUUUUAAUCUUGUGGAUAAGCUCUUAAGUACGUGCCCAAGGGAUACUCAUGUGACAGUUACAUGGAUAUUUGUAACGUAAGUCAAUGAAUUUUAAUGAGCAUAUGUUCAAAAAGCUUUUUGGGUUAACACUCUUUAGGGCCAGCCACUGUAUGGGUUAAAUUGGGAUUGUGAAGUGUGACCUUUUUGACACUCGAAAAUGCCAUUUUCUGGUACUUAAUCACAUGUGGGUAUUGCCAUUACACACAUAAUGUCAUUUUUUAUGACCUUAAGGACAAGAGCCAACAAACCAGUUCCAAUAGCUGCCUCUCUAGGAUCAACAAAAUUUAGACUGUCAGACCAUUAACAAGAUAAAAGUCAUUUCUACUUAAAAUCCAAGAUCAUUUGUUUUAUUAGUAGAGGUGGGUAAAAAUACCGUUCACUAUGGUAAUGACUCCCAUAAGGACUGUGGAAGAAGGGUGGGACUCUGGAAGCCCUAAGUAUUGUAUUUCUUCAGACAGCCUCUAGAGUGUGCUUUGUGUAAAUGUGGAGCCCUGUGCAGAGUUGGCCAAAUAGUCAGAGCUGUUGCCAUGCUACUUUCCUGAGGUGGUUUCCUAUUGUCCUCUGAAACGUGUUCUCUGCCUCCAUCUUAGCAGAUUGAGAAGGGGAACAUUUGCUCAGCUAUAUUUCCCUCUGGGUUUUUAUGGUUCUUUUGGUUCAGAAAAAUUGUGGAAGUAUACAGCCUGAAUAUCCUUCCGCAGAGCACCGAGUUGCCAAUGUGGCUAUUCUGGGGUGCAAGCUGUGGGGAGGAUAGGGAAUGGUGGGUAUUUUACAAAUAUUCUGUUUUGUAGGAGUCUUUUGUUAUACAAGGUUAAUCCUUUAGGAUGAUUUUAUCGAUACACUGGGUCCUUUUUUGUUUUCUAUCCAGUUGCAUAAUUUCCUGAUAACUUACUGUCCUGUGAGACUGGCUUUCCUGAGACUUGAAGUUGUGGCUUACAUGGGACUGAGACUACUAGAACUGUUAGUGUUCAAAUCCUGUAUCACGGCAGCACUAGGCCUUAAAGGUGCUUUUCAUUUUGAAGAUGGAUGGGGGGUGUCUAGCUUGUGAGGUAUAACAAAGCAGCAAUAGAGUGUGGUGAGAUCAUUGGUAAAUAGCACUAAAGUUUUUUUUUUUGUUUGUUUUUGUUUUCAUUAAGACGUAAUAAGUUAGACAAAUUCUGUGUUAGUAAGCACAGGCCAAAACCAGUUGAAAACCAUAGGAAAAAAAAAUUCUCAGGUGAUGCAGGAACAAGAGGAAUGCUUCUUGAAAAGUGGCCCUGAGAUCUGUCUGCAUAGCCAGAACAUACUAAGUGUGCAUCACAAGAGAUAACUUUCUUGAAAUUGCUUGUGUGAUGUGUACAAUGUGCUCUCUUAAAUCAUGCUCCUCAUAUUGCCUAAUUUAUGACUUCCUAAAAACCGUGCCCAUGUAGGUAGCAGGGCUUUGGCCAGAGCUUUCACAUGCAUUAACACUGGAGUCAUUGCUUUUCCUGGAGUUAGUAAAAAUCAUUUUAUCAGACUCAAGUGCUUGAAGUGUCUGGCUCCUGCUGCAUAUGCCUAGUAGUACAUAAGGUUUGCAGGACUUACAGCUUGUAUAGAAUCAUCGUUCAGAGAAAAAGUAACACAAUGAUAGUUUCUCUAUGAAUUUCAAAAUUAAGCAUAUAUUCUGACCCUGUGGUUAAUCUGAAAUAGAUUAUUAGAGAUUAUUUAUAGAAAAAAGUAAAACACCAUGUUGAGAACACUAUGAAAAAUCUGUUCUCUGUGAUUCCCCCGCCCCCACUAUGGGGAAGGCUACUGUUUCUCCUUUCAGUAAUAAUCAUGGUUUGCCUUGGGGUUGUUUCUCUAGGCAAACAAUUGUUUUAUUUAGCAUUAUGAAGCUUUUAUAUUGUGCAAAGCCCAUAACAAGAUGCUCACUUACUCUUACUGCCUGCUUAAUAAUCUGGGAGGUUGUUUAAAUGCCAGAAAUGGUCAAGUAAUUUGUGUUCAGUCCUGUUAGUAAACAUAAUGUAUCAUGUUAGCAACUUCUGGGACUAAUAAACCUGUUAGUUCCACCCCUGCUUUUAUCUGAUCAUUUGAAUAACAUUUCUAAAAGGGUUUUUUAAACUCUAACUGAAGCAUUUUCUACAGAACUUAAAAGUAGCAUAGUAUUGUAACAUUCAGGGAAAGUGUGAAGAAUUGAUUUCAAAGUAGUUCUUAUGUGACCUAAGAAUGAUUGUUGCAUGGUAUUUGUUUCCCCAGUUUAGCAGAUGAAAUUAAACAAGGUAGGAUACUUUAAGAUGUUACCACCAAGGGUUGGGGUGGGGUAGGGUGGGGUGCACAAGCUAGCCUGCUGACUCAGGAAGCUUUUGGAAGAGUGAUUGUUUCUGUCUAUUUCUUUUUGCUGGUUUGCUGACUUGUUGAGGAUUAAUUGUUGCCUUACAAUGUUACUGAAAUAAACUUUUUAACAUACUG